CCUGCCAUUGAGACCGGUGGUACCGUGUAUGACGUCACCGUCGUACACACUGUCACAAUUUGUGGGGAAAAUCAUUCAAAAGUCCAUCGCCGGGAAGUACAAUGUGACGGACUCGUACACGUUCUGUGAGUACAUAAACAGUGUACAACUCCCGCCAGACUACGUGCUCAUCUCCCUCGACGUAGUGUCACUAUUUACCUGUAUUCCAAAGGACCUAGUGCUUCGUGACGUCAUCAGCAACUGAGACAGCAUCAAACAAAACACCGACAUCAACUUGGACCUGUUCUUGGAGGUGACCGAGUUCUGCAUCGACUGCAGCUACUUCCGGUUCAGAGGACAGUACUACCAACAGGUGUUCGGGACAGCAAUGGGCAAUCCGCUGUCACCCACGAUCGCGGAUCUGGUAAUGGAAUCGCUUCUAGACACGGUGAUGGCGAGAAUCACGUUUCCGGUACCAGUGCUGAAAAAGUACGUAGAUGAUCUUCUUUUAGCAGUACCCAGGGAGAAAAUCGGGGAAGUGUUGGAAUUCUUCAACCAGUACCACGCAAGAAUCCAGUUCACGGUGGAGGUGGAAGACGACGGACGAAUCCCGUAUUUAGACUUGCUGCUGGUCCGUCAAACUGACCAGACAGUGAAAACAGAGUGGUACAUGAAACCAAUUGCAACCGGCCGGUUUCUAAACUACCACUCGGCGCACAGCAUGAAGCAAAAGGUGAAUGUAGCAGCCAACUUCAUUCAACGAGUCAAGACGUUUUCCACUAACAUCGAUGAGCCCACGACACACCAGAUCAUUUUCUCCCAUCUGAAAUUGAACGAUUAUCCCCCCAGAGUGAUUAAUCGCUUAAUCGAUCGCGCGAGGGAACGUACGAUCGCAGCCACCAAUGAUGACUCAUCCGAUGAGGAAGUAUACCGGUCGAUGGUACACGUGGGGCAGUUGACCAACAAGAUCCAAAGGAGUCUGAAGAAGGAUUAUCCGAACGUGAUCAUCAGUUCCAAGAACGAGAAGAUCAUAAAAAACAUGCUGCCUCAGGUGAAAGAUCCAGUAGAAAAACUCAACCUUUCGAAUGUGAUAUACAGGAUCCCAUGCGAAGACUGUUCGGCUUGCUACGUAGGCAUGACGUCGAACCAACUGCGAACACGGCUAGCCAGUCACCGCUCCUGUUCCAACAGACUACGAAGCUUGUGGGAGCGGGGAAAGACAGCGGAGGAUGAAGAAAUAGCCACACUCAGGGAACGAACGGCGCUGCUGGACCAUUCCAUCAGCCACCAUCAUACUUUUAAUUUCGACAACACACAACUGUUAGACUCUAGUCGUAAGAAACAGAAUCUACCAACACUCAAAACAUGUCACAUUAUAAACACACCCAACACAGUCAAUAAGCGUACAGACACUGACAACCUCAGCAGUACGUACGCCGGCAUCCUACACACAUUACGAAACAAUAGUAGAGCCGAGCAGCAAACACACAGAACACACGCUUCUACAGAACAAGUGUGAAAGUGGCGCGAAGCAGACUGCACCUCUUUUCUGCGAGCCGGAUCGAUUUCUGAAAAAUCAGCCCAUCCAGCCCACGGCCAGAACAAAGUGGGUGAAUUGUCGGAGCAUAAACCGUUGACAAAGUGCCUAUGCUGCAGGCCCUUAACGAUAAAACGGAACAUUGUUAGUAAGUACACAUCAACACUACACAGACACAGCAUAAUACAUAACACAUAAUUUGUUUGUUGUCCAUCAGAUCCCAAGAAGAAGGCACAAUAAAUGUGUCCGAAACGUCGGAUGAAAGCAUAAGAAUCCGUUUUUAAUUAAAAGAGACUGGAAGCCAUUACCCCGAAUCAACUAUCACAGUCGUAUCUCUAAGA